CCAUGGCGGAGCAGUGAGCGCGCGUUCGGCGUGUGGGGAGCGGUGCCUCGAAUCGCGCUGUGUGUGCAUGGAGCGGCUCUGGGAGAGCGCCCGGCAUCGGCAUGGAGUGGCUAAUUAAAUAAACAGCUCAUUAAGUGCCGUUAGCGGGCUGCGUUUGUGCACGCGUUAGUAAGGGAACAGGCUUGGGAUCAUUCCUGAAGUCUUGCUGCAUAGUGCUCUGUCACCCCAGCAGCUGAGGCUAUGCCACACUCUCUGAACUGCUCAGUCACCAUUCUCCCCACUUCCUGAACCUUUCUCAACUCAUCCAUAGCCUGAGGGAGACCCAGAGGACCUGGUCAGCUGUUGUGUGAGAUGCUGCCAAGUGCUGGUGUCUAUUACUUCCCGUGGGAGAUCAACAGCUCAGUCCCCGAGGGGCAGACACUGAGGACAUUUGGCAGGUUAUGCUGCUAUGACCUGGCCCGGUCUGAAGCCAUUCUCACCACGCAGCACAACUCGGCUCAGUACCAGGUCUGUGUUGACACCGAGUUUGUGGAGCCAUUCCAAGCCCAAGUGGGAUCUUCCUACAUGGUCCUGGGAGAGGCUGAACACAGGGAAGAAACUUCCAGUCCUGUGGUAAAAGCACGAAUCUUGACCUGCGUGGAAGGGAUGAACGUGGCCCUGCUGGAACAAGCCAUACAGGAGCAGAGGAAAUACUUCAAAGAGAGGCAGGAGCAGAGGGAAAGCAGCACAUCCUGACAGCACCUCUGAGACCAGCCACACGCUGGUCCUUGCACUGCCAUUUGCAACAAAUAUGUUAAAAGUCAAUUAGGAAGUGUGUUUGCUGUGGCAAACAGCAAAGUCACUGAGCAGGGGAAAAAUUGAAGACUGAGUCAAUGUGUGUGACUGUGGGCUGUCCAUUCCUGCCCCAGGUGUCAUGACUGAAAAUAGCUCUGGGAAGCAGGUUUGUUGUUUGCUUGAGAGGGUGGUUAAGGAAAGGGAACACUUGGUUUACACUGCUUCUUUCAUAAUGCACGACAUGAAGGAGUCAGAAGCUCUGAAUCUGGAGUUCAGCAGCUCACCUUUGGCAGAUGGGGGAAAGGGCAUUAGCACAAAGUUCAUUAGCCCUGCCUGGCUGCGGGCCCAUGAGUGCCUGUGUUGGGGUACCCUGACUCAGCUGCCACACAGGAGCAUUCCUGGCAAAACACUCACCCAUCUGCACUGACCAAAGAAACAAGAUGAACAAAGAGUCACUAUUUUCAGUAGCACCUGCCUCUUCAGGUAGGAAGAGCUAGUAUCUAAGGGGAGGAUUAAUUUUAAUUCUAAAAUAAAUAUUUGCAGUAGCCUGAGUACUUGACUUUCUUCCUUGACACAACUAAGUUUAAGAGACCUUAAAUCACUAUUUUUGAAGUAUCUAAAGAUUUUGAUUUAGAUUUUCCUAAAUAAAGAUGAAAAAAGAA